AUGACAGGACUGGGAUGGCCUCUCGUGCUACAGUGUUAGUGUUGAACGGUUCGUCCGUCAGAGAAAGGAGGUAAGAAGAGGAGGAGGCUUGCAGUUUCUGUAGCAAGCAUGUGGCUUUGUUAGAUUCGGUGGAUUUUGGACACCGGCUUUACAUGCAAUGUAUUUGUGCUACAUGGAAUUCGUUUUUCCUAUUUGUGUUUUCUACCGGAUACAUUCUUAUAGCUUGGAAUCGAGUGUUUUCCUGUGCGGCUCCGUUCAUUGGUAAACUGGCGGUUGCAUCAGUCGACUGUCAAUCAAGUCUGGGCUCUCUGCACCUGGUAUUAAUUUAAAUUUGCCGGUGAAUUUUUGUGGACAUUGAGUUGUGGAGCAAUCCUUUUCGUUUAGCCUUUUGUAGUUCAAUAACCGAGAGUUUAUUGUGCAGCCUUAUUGACAAGGUAAGAUUGUAACCGUAACGCAGGCUACUGUACCCCUAGUUAUAUUAAUAGACUGUAUCCCCGGAAAAUUACAACAUUGUAUCUUGACGGCGCAAGGAGGAACUAGCCUACAAGUACACUGCCCUCUCGAUUACUGUAUCAGUGAUUGCCAAAGCGUUGUUUGACAGCUGUCUUUGGGAACGCGUUGGACAAUAGGGCUUGCCUGGAGGAACCAUCUGCUAUUGUUUUCUCCUGUGGAUAGAUCAAAACAUUAACAGAUCGAACAUGUCGCUCAGCAGAAGUAUUGAAUGGGAACACUUUGAGGAACGGGACAAAACGCACCGUUCAUCACGGGCUAACGGCUCGGGAUCCCAGUCAGGCUCCAGAGGCAACGGUCUCGUUCCCAGCCCGGCGCACAGCGCGCACUGUAGCUUUUACCGAACGCGCACGCUCCAGUCGCUCACCUCCGAGAAGAAAGCCAAAAAAGUGCGAUUCUACCGAAAUGGGGACAAAUACUUCAAGGGUUUGGUGUAUGCCGUGUCCAACGACCGUUUUAGGUCCUUAGACGCCCUGCUUAUGGAGCUUACCCGGUCUCUCUCGGACAACGUCAACCUGCCUCAAGGUGUCCGGAGCAUCUACACCGUGGACGGCAGCAAGAAGAUUAGCAGCCUGGACGAGUUAGUGCAGGGUGAGAGCUARGUGUGUGCCUCCAACGAGCCCUACCGCCGAGUGGACUACACCAAGAACGUUAACCCUAACUGGUCAGUGGGCAUCAAGGCCGGCCAGUCCCGCUCCCUGUCCUCCCUCAGCACCCUGGUAAAGGGCGAGCUGCAGCGUAGCGAGGCCAGCCUGGGCACCAGAGACUUCAUCAAGCCCAAGCUGGUGACGGUCAUCCGCAGCGGGGUCAAGCCCAGGAAGGCUGUGAGGAUCCUGCUGAAUAAGAAGACGGCCCACUCCUUCGAACAGGUGCUGACCGACAUCACGGACGCCAUCAAGCUGGACUCCGGGGCGGUCAAACGGCUCUACACACUGGAGGGAAAACAGACUUCUUUGGCGAGGACGACGUGUUCAUCGCGUGCGGCCCAGAGAAGUACCGCUACGCCCAGGAUGACUUCCUGUUGGAUCACAGUGGGUGCGUGGGACAUGCCAGGUCUCCCUCGGCAAAGAGGUCUUCUGACCUCAAUGGGACUUCCUGGUUAAAUAAAGAAUGCCGGGUGCUCAAGUCCUCAUACUCMGCUCGCUCGCCCACUCCAACGAGGGCUACUGGGAGCAAGAGCCCUGGACUCUCACGCCGUAUCAAGUCCCCUGGCAUAGUAAGAAGACCAAUCCAUUACUCCACCAGUAGCCAGUCUCCUGUUAAAUCCCCAGUCAAUGGUGUCCCCAGCAGUACGAUCUCCACCCCCAAGUCCACCAAAUCCAACAGCUCCUCCCCCACCAGCCCCCGAAGUAUACACAGCUUCAAGAUUCCGCCACAUCACACGUCUGCCACCAAUGUGAACGUGUCUUCACACGGUCUGGAGCUGGCCAAUAACAUGAGUCCUGAGGUUAACGGCAACAGCUGUAGCUCUAUCACAACCGUCCUGGAUAAGUACAAGGUCGGCAAGGUCAUAGGAGACGGAAACUUUGCAGUGGUGAAAGACUGUGUAGAACGGUCCACUGGGAAGGAGUAUGCACUGAAGAUCAUUGACAAGGCCAAGUGCAGUGGAAAG